AUGGAAAAAAGGGUUGUUUUGGAACUGAGGGGAAGAAACCCUUCACAGGUCAAGGAACUUAAUUUGGACAAUUGCAGGAGUACAAACAUUGUUGGACUAACAGAUGAAUAUACAAACCUUGAAAUCCUCAGUCUCAACAAUGCAGGUCUGACAUCACUGAAAGGUUUCCCGACCCUUCCCAAGCUAUGGAAGUUAGAGCUCUCAGACAACAGAAUAUCUAAUGGACUUAAUUUUCUCCAUGGCUGCAAAAAGUUGACUCAUCUCAAUUUAUCUGGUAACAAAAUCAAAGACCUAGAAACUUUGAAACCAUUAGAAGAGUUUGAGAACUUAAAAAACCUUGAUCUGUUCAACAAUGAAGUCACUAAUAUUGAGGAUUACAGGACCAAGGUGUUUGCUCUGCAUCCAUCACUGAAAUAUUUAGAUGGAUUUGACAAAGAAGAUAGAGAGGCUGAGGAUAGUGAUGCUUACAGUGAUGGGCUUGAGGAGAAUGGAAAUAAUGACAGUGAAGAGGAUGAGUCUGAAGAUGAGGUUGAAGAGGAAGAGGAUGAAGAUCUCUCACUCAGCGAGGUGUACAAUGAAAAUCUUGAGGAGGAAAGCUCUGCAAGCCCACUAUAUGAAGCAGAGGGCUACUUAGAUGAGGAAUAUGAUCUGGAUGAUGAAGAAGGAGACGAAGAGAAUGACGCCAAUGGCGAGCACAAUCCUAAAUCUCAGGAUGUUGAGAAUGCAACUGGCAACCCUGAAGAGAGCACUCGGGGUAAAAAGCGAAAACAUGAGGAUGAUGACGAGAAUUGA